AUAUCCUCUUCCACAACUCUCCCCAUUGAUCAGUACUUUUCUUCUAUAUAUUUUAGGUACUACUACAACAUACUUCUUCAUUUUCUGCCUUCCUCCAAUGGCUGUCUAUGAAGCUAAUCAAACUUACCAACCAUCAACUCAUCUAGCCGUCACUAGACCAACUAUAUCCACUGUGGAUAUUGAACGACCACAAACUAUCAAAGAAGCCAGUCUGGAAGGCGAGGACCACUUUGACUACUCUCAAAGGGCACAGUGGUUACGGGCCGCUGUUCUUGGAGCCAAUGAUGGCUUAGUUUCAACAGCUUCAUUGAUGAUGGGAGUAGGAGCUGUUAAAGAGGAUGUGAAGUUUAUGAUUCUUACUGGUUUUGCCGGUUUGAUAGCUGGGGCUUGUAGUAUGGCCAUAGGAGAAUUCGUUUCGGUUUAUUCACAACUUGACAUAGAGGUCGCGCAAAUAAAGCGAGACAAUCUUGCAAGAAAAAAUGAGGAAGAGGAUAGUAAUGCUGAGAAGGAAAAUUUGCCAAACCCAUUUCAAGCAGCUGGAGCAUCCGCGGUUGCAUUUUCUAUUGGUGCUAUUGUACCAAUAUUGGCAGCGGCAUUUAUAAAAGAUCAUAAGGUGAGGAUGGGAGUGGUGGCAGGAGCGACGAGUUUGGCCUUGUUGGUGUUCGGAGUGUUAGGGGCCAUCUUAGGGAAAUCACCUUUGUUGAAAUCUUCCUUGAGGGUCUUAUUUGGUGGAUGGAUUGCCAUGGCUAUAACAUUUGGAUUGACAAAGUUGGUUGGUAAAAGUGGACUUUAAUCUGUCCGCGCUAACCACCUGCUCAUCAAUGUUAUUGGUGUGCUUUUAGUUUACUUCUAUAUAUAGUUCUUCUUAAUUUCGUGUAAUGAUUGUGUAACCAUCUAGCUAAGGCCUAGGUGUUCAAGAUGUGCUAAAAUUUCAAGUAAUAAUACUAGAGAGUUGAAUUUCGUCGUUCCAUAAUUUGAAAA